AUUCCAGGAAACUCAUAUUACAACUCAGCAGAUCGCAGCGCAGAGCCCAGCUCAGCCCUUCUCCUCGGAAAACAACAACCUCGUUUACAGAAAUAAACAAGGAGAUUUGGGGAGCCGAAUCGGCGAGAAAAACGCGGGGGCUCCCCAAGGAAGGAGAGAAGGGAAGGAGAAGGGCAGCGAACAAAAGGCGGACUCGGGGCGUUCGGGCGAAACUCUUUUCCUGGGGAUCGGUGGGAGUGCGACGUAAAAUGUCAUCUGACAGCUUGUCGAGCAAAGCCCUAAAGAUCAAACGGGAAAUGGGCGAGAACACGCCACACCUUUCCGACGAAGAACUAAUGGGUUUGUCGGUGCGAGAACUGAACCACCACCUGCGGGGCCUGUCCAAGGAGGAGGUGGCGCGGCUGAAGCAGCGCCGGCGCACGCUGAAGAACCGUGGCUACGCGGCCAGCUGCCGGGUCAAGCGGGUGUGUCAGAAGGAGGAGCUGCAGAAGCAGAAGACGGAGCUGGAGAGGGAGGUGGAUAAGCUAGCGAGGGAGAAUGCCGCCAUGCGCCUUGAGCUCGACGCCUUGCGCGGCAAAUACGAGGCGCUGCAGGGCUUUGCCCGCACGGUCACCGCACACGGCACUACUGGCAAGGUGGCCACUGCCAGCGUCAUCACCAUCGUCAAAUCUGGCUCCAACCAGGCCACAUACUCCUAGUGUCCGUAAGCCCGAGUCGCGAACUGAGUCCUGUUGCCAUGCCUCUGCCCAGCUCUCACCUAGAAUGGCUGUAGCUGCACUGGCCCCUCCCCCUUCUUCCACUUUUCUUCUGCCAUCCAAAGGGGACAGAAUCAACUUGAAGACGAAACGGCUGAAUGUUGAACUUCCUCCUCUGUCCCUUAACCUUCAUGAGGAGAGGGUGGGGAAGUGGUGCCCGACUUGCGUAAUUAACUGUUGAUGUUUAUCCGUGGAUUGAAAUGCAGUGGCCAGUUAUCCCCUUUUUCCUCUCCCCCCCCCCCCCGGUUUUAUGUUUGCCAGGUUUUUCUCCUCUUGCCUUUCUGCGUACCCUUGCCCCCAGCUGAUGCAAUGGGGUGGGACUAGAGAGGGCUUCCCUGCUAUAAGCUGGGAACACAGGCUCAGAGAACCUUUCGGUCGCAAGGGUUACAAAAGGGAAAUAACCUUCCUGUGAGAGGGCAAACUAGGUAGAAGCCGCCAUGUUGUCGGUGAGAGCUGCCGCUGCAGGAACCAUCCAGGAUGAAGCAAGGUUCUGGGACCCUUGUCAGCUCAGCUUUCUCAUCCUGGCCCUGUGUUUGUCUGUGUUGUCACUCUGCCUUUCCUCUUCAUUGUAUCUCACAGCCAUACACCCUUUGGCUCAGAUCUCUUCAAUAUGUGGGUGUGGUUUGAACCGGCUGUAGCAAGAGCAGCCCUAAUUAGACCUGGGCCUUUGGUAAGUGGGCAGGCUCAAUAACAAUAAAGAGGGAGCUAAUUGCAGCAAG